AUGGCCCUUAGCGAACGUGUGCAACUCGUGGCCGGAGCGGCGACCUACCUCUGCCACACGGCGUGGUACGCGCGGGUCUCCGCGGCCUCGUGCCUGGAGAGCUUGGCGCGCCUGGAGUACGGCCAAGAAGAACCGUCCCGGGCAGCCAAAGCGAAGGAGGGAGGUGGCGGCGGCGACGCGCUGACGGACGAGCUGGCGAGGGGAUGGGUCGGCCUUGGGGACGUCCGGCUUGCCGAGGUCUUGGAGAGGGGGGCGCUGUUGCUGAGCCACGGAGAAGAUGUGGGUGCUGUUGCGGGUGUUGCUCUCGGGGAGUCUGGUGGCGCUGGCUCGUGGCGGUAG